CGCUGCCCGCCCCCUGCGCCCGGCCGGAGCUCGGCGCUGGCAGCGGCGGUGUCGGCCGAGUCCGUUUCCCGGAGCAGCCAUGAAGUCCUUGUGCCUCGUCACCGUGGGGGUCCUGGCCAUGACGCUGCUCAUCGCCAGCAUCUCCUUGCUGGUGGCGCACGUCUUCCAGACCGUCGUGGACCUGCAAGUGAAGCAGGCUUUCCAGCAGCCCUGGAACGGAGCUGACCUGCAGUGAAGAGCUGUCUUUGCCGUCUCAACCACAGCUGAAGUGCAAGACCUCAUUCUGGAGCAGCUGAAGCACCCGUGUCCAAAGCCGGGACCUGCGCACCCCGGAGGACGGGUCACCUUUCCCCGGGGGAUUUGUGUGCUGCAUCCUUUCCAGCCACAGACCGGCAAAGGGAACAGUAUUGAAAAAUGGCACGGAAACCUUUGAAGCCUGGGAGGAUCCUCCUCCACCAGUCUACAUGCAGUUCUACUUCUUCAACGUGACCAAUCCUUUAGAAGUGCUUCAAGGCGAUACUCCUCUUGUGGAGGAGAUAGGGCCAUACACCUACCGGGAAUACAGGCCAAGGGUGCAUGUCCAGUUUUUGGACAACGGUACCAAAGUAUCUGCUCUGAAUCCAAAGACGUAUGUGUUUGAACGUGAGAAGUCAGUUGGAGACCCUGAAGUGGACCUGAUUAGAACAGUCAAUAUUCCUGCAGUGACUGCGAUGGAAUGGACCAGGUCAACCUCUCUUCAGUUUGCCACAGAGCUGCUGCUGCUUCUGUACCAAGAGUCCCUGUUCACGGUUCGCACCGUUCACGAGUUACUGUGGGGCUACAAAGACAGACUCCUGUCAACCAUUCAUCUUCUGCACCCCGAGAUCAAUCCAGUAUUUGGUUUCUUCAAUAAGAUGAAUGGAACUGAUGAUGGAGAAUACAUUUUCCUGAGUGGGGAGAGCAGCUACCUUAACUUCUCAAGGAUUGUGGAAUGGAAAGGACAAGAGUCGCUGAGCUGGUGGACAACAGAGGAGUGUAACAUGAUCAAUGGAACAGACGGGACAUCCUUUCACCCCCUGAUUAGCAAAGAUGAGAACAUUUAUAUCUUUUCUUCUGAUUUCUGCAGAUCUUUGUACCUGGUGUACGACAGCUCAGGAAGCGUUGCAGGCAUCCCAACCUACCGCUUUGUGCCCUCGGCCAUGGUGUUUGCCAACACGACAGUUAACCCCGACAACGCCGGGUUCUGCGUGCCACCAGGAAACUGCCCGGGCGCGGGGGUGCUCAACGUCAGCGUCUGCAAGCAAGGUGCUCCGAUAUUUCUAUCAGCUCCACAUUUUUACCAAGCAGAUCCAAAGUUUGUAGAGGACAUAGAGGGCAUGCACCCAAAAAAGGAAUAUCAUGAGACGUUUCUGGACAUCAAUCCUCUGACAGGGCUGGUCCUGCAAGCAGCCAAGCGGAUGCAGAUCAACGUUCACAUCAGAAAACUACCUGAAUUUUUUGAAACAGGCAACAUCCGAACACUAGUGUUCCCGGUGAUGUACAUAAACGAGAGUGUUCUCAUUGAUGAAGAGUCUGCCAGCAAGCUCAAGCACGUCCUGCUGGAAGCCAGUGUUGUAACUGGAAUCCCCUUCGUCAUCAUGGCUCUAGGAAUCGUUUUUGGGGUUGUUUUUAUUGUGCUUGUGUGCAGGUCCCGGGGAGCAAGUGAGGAGAGUACUGAAGAGGAAAGGUCCCCGCUCAUCAGGACAUCUUAAUAGAUUAAUAUCUGAGCUUGAAGAACAAACUGUUAGAGCUGACCUAAUACCAACUACCACUACCCAGCGUUGUCCACUGUGGAGAAACGAUGGUGUCAAGGGUAACUUUUUGUGGUAUAGAGAUGGAGGAGAAUCUGCAGUGUCAUCAAUGGAGGAGACUUGUACCAGCUAAGUUACAACUUUAAAAUGACAUUUGGAAGCUGCUUGAGCUCCUGCUUUUCUCAGCCCCGCACUCUCUUUGUACCUGCACUGACAGCCACAGAUGAUUAUAACCACUAUAUCUGUGAAAAUAAAACAGCCGGAGUCAUUACAGAAACGACGCGGGUAGCAUUUGCAAAUGGCCUUAGGAGCGUGCGCUGCCAAGCAGCCUUCUGGAAACACCGCAGGCUCCGCAUCGCCCGGGCGCGCCGGACAAGAUCACUUUCCGCCUCGUGUUGUCCUUUCUGUAAAGCGCUGAGUGCUGCUUAUUACCAGUAUGCACUGACAGUUUGUGAUUAAUGUCGUUGGUCCUUUCACAAAACUGAUUUGUACAACUAAUCCAGAACAGCGAGUGAAACUCUGUUAAGCGUCUGUAGUUACCAGGUAAAAAGAAGCCGAUGAUUUGAAAUGCUUUUCCGUACAGACCUUUUAACUGUUCUAACUCUGCACAGGAUCCUGUUGCAUGUUAGCAAUAUAUGUAUCCUUAAGGGUUUGGGGUUUUUGUCCUUCACCUUAAAUAACCAAAACACAACAUUGUUCCUGGUGGUGGAGGGUGCAGAAAUGGUGUUCCUUUUCUCUCUCGUGUUGGUGUCCCAGUGAGCGGCUGUGUGGUGUAACGUGAGCGCAGACCGGGCAGUUACGUGGGCUGUUCAGGAUACAAGCACAACUCCAGAAUAAGGGGUGUACAGGGCCUUGGGAAGUCAUUACACCUUUUUACUUGUCAAGUAGAAACUCGUUUUAAAAAUCAUGGAAGUAUUCUUUUCCUUGAUGAAAAGAAUAUUCUCAUUGAGAAGUAUUUCCAUUAGAUCUAGAUAGUGAAACAUAUAUUUAAAAUGUGUUAUCGUCUUCUAAAUAGAGGCACUGUUUUUGCA